UGCGUGUCCGAGGUUGUCAAGGGCGAGCGUAUUAUCGUCGACCCGGCUGUCACCAUGACCCGUAUCUACAACUACUUCUACCUCUUCAUCAACAUUGGCGCCCUUGUCGGUCAGAUUUCCAUGGUCUACGCCGAACGCUACGUUGGUUUCUGGCUCGCCUACCUGAUCCCAACUGUCAUGUUCCUCGUCGCCCUACCCGUCCUUGUCUACUGCAAGAAGUUCUACAUUCUCGCACCCCCAAGCGGAAACGUCAUUGGGCCUGCUUUCAAGCUCCUGUUCAAGGCUCUUGGCCGUGGCUUCAGCAUCAACCCUCUCAAGACAUGGCGCAGCUGGAACGAUGGUCAGAUGUGGCAGGCCGUCAAGCCCUCCACUCUCGGUGCCAGCGCGCCCAAGUGGUACAACUUCGACGAUGCGUGGGUUGAUGAGGUCCGCCGUGGUUUCGCUGCCUGCUCCGUCUUCUUCUGGGUUCCCAUCUUCUGGCUUGCUUACCGUCAAAUGGACUCUAACCUGACCAACAUGUGCGCGACCAUGAAGCUCGGCGGUGUGCCCAACGACAUUCUCUCCAACUUGGACCCCAUUGCCAUCAUCAUCAUUGUGCCCAUCAUGGACACGCUCGUCUACCCCUUCCUGCGCCGCAAGAACAUCCGCUUCACUCCUAUCAAGAAGAUCGCCGCUGGUUUCUUCAUCGGAUCCUUCUCCAUGGUGUGGGCCUCCGUCCUCCAGUACUACGUAUACAAGUCAUCUGGCUUCUACGAGACUGGAGACCCAGACUACAAGUCUCCCAUUUCCGUCUGGGCUGUCACUGGUGUCUACGUCCUCAUCGCUAUCUCUGAGAUCUUCGCGUCCGUCACCACCCUUGAGUAUGCUUUCACCAAGGCGCCCAAGAACAUGCGUUCGCUCGUCCAGUCCGUCCAGUUGUUCACCACCGCUUUCUCCGCCGCCCUGGCUCAGGCUUUCACUCCCUUGACUGCCGAUCCCCAUCUCGUCUGGAACUACGGUGCCGUCGCAAUCAUCUCCUUCUGCACUGGUAUCCUCUUCUGGUUCACCUACCGCGGUAUGGACAGGCAGGAAGACCAGCUGAACAUGCUUCCCACUGGUCACCUUGGCAACUCCCGCCAGGCUGAGGAUGUUGAGAGGCGUACUAGCUUGGCUGCUGAGCGCCGCGCAAGCGCAGUGCCGGUUGACGAGAAGCGCGCUGAGCUUCACUAGAUUAUCUGAUACUUUUUCCAGAUGUGAAAUCAGCUAUUCGCUGCAAAUUCUGUAUACGGAGCUAUGAUACCAUAUGAAGGCCUUUAUCUGGCCUGGGGAUGCGUCCCGAGAUAGUAGUAAUCAAUACUCAAACUUCACA